GGAAUUAGAACCCGACCAAGAGAGAUGGCGUUUCAUUUAGAAGACUAUUUCACCACUGUGUUCCAAGACCAACUCUUGGUAAAACUGCCAGAGAGAGACACUGCAAACCUCACCACUGCCACUCAACUGCUGGAGAAAAGACAACAGUUACUCCAGUUGGAAGAAGCUCUAGGCAAUCAAAAAGAGGAGUUUGAGGCGAAAAUGGAUUCUUUGAAGUUCAGAAGACAGGAACUCAAAUACAAGGAAGGGGAACUGAAGGAACAAAUUGUUAAAUUUGAGAAAUUCCUGAAGGAAAACGAUUCCAAGCGGAAAAGGGCUUACAAUAAAGCAAACAUGGAACAAGAACUGAUUAAGCAAAAAGAGAGGGACAUAUUGAAACUGCUCCAGGAAAUGGAUAGAAUCAUACAACAGAACAUCAAACUGAAGAAAAAGCUGCAAAAAUACGCCAUUUACCUAAACUAUAUGGAACAAGUGACACAACUCUCAGAGGAGUUUCAGGAGCCGACUGUGGCGAAAGCUCGUUUCGAGACCCUGAUCAUCACUAGGGAUGACCUGCUGAUGAGCGAAGGCGAAAACCAGGCGGCUAUCAAAGAGAUUAAAAACAGACUGACUAAAUUCGUGAAGCAAAAGAGCAACGACAUCUUGAUGUACAACAAUGACCUGACCAACAAACAGAACCAACUGGAGCGAGCCAAAAUGCAUACUAUGAAACUGGAGGCAAGUUGGACUGUAAUUCAGAACACGGCAGCUAAAAGGACACUGGUGUUGGGCACAGUAAGGAUGGCAGUUCAGAACCUUCACAACAUUGUAAAGAAGGAACAAGGCUUACUAAUGGAAUGCCCUGUGGGGGAAAUCAAUGGACAGCUUGACACGAUCCAACAGUACCUGUUGGACUUGAAGGAAAUGUUAAUUGACAUCUAUAAGAGGGAUACGGUCAUAAGUGCGAGUACACUACUGUUCCUGAAAAAAUGAACUUCUUACCCUCUCGUAUCACAGUUUUCAAUUUUCUUUCUCCGGUUGAAGAUUUCAA